CUAAAAAUGUCUGUUUCCCACAGGAAACCCUCAUAGGAGGCCUUUUACCUGAAACAACCUAUUCUAUCAGCAUCGCAGCCUACACCACCAAAGGGGAUGGGGCCCGCAGCAGGGACAAGGUGGUUACUACAAGUGGAGCAGUCCCAGGCAAGCCUACUAUGAUGAUCAGCACCACAGCCAUGAAUACAGCUCUGAUCAAUUGGCACCCACCUAAAGAGAUGGUUGGGGAGCUGCUGGGCUACCAGCUGCAGUUCAAACAUGCUGAGGAGGAGAAGAUGAGGAUUAUGAACUUUGAGAAGAACGUGGAUCACUUCACCGUGACUGACCUUUACAAGGGUGCCACCUACAUCUUCAAGCUGGCUGCCAAGAAUAGGGUUGGUCUUGGGGAGGAGUUUGAAAAAGAAAUCACUACCGCAGAGGAGGCGCCAAGCGGUUUCCCCCAGAACCUGCACGUGGUGGGGCUGACCACCUCCACCACCAAAGUGACUUGGGAGCCUCCACUUCUGGCGGAGAGGAAUGGGAAAAUGACCAACUACACAGUUGUGUACAGAGACAUUAACAGCCAGCAGAACCUGACCAAUGUUACGAGGGAAACGAGCAUCACUCUGACCAACCUCAAACCUGACACAACCUAUGACAUCAAAGUUAGAGCCCACACUAACAAGGGAGCUGGCCCUCUCAGCCCCAGCAUUCAGUCUAGGACGAUGCCGAUGGAACAAGUGUUUGCAAAGAACUUUCGCUGUCAGUGCUGUGAUGAAAACAUCAGUGCUACUUAGCUGGGAGGUUCCAGA